CUGCUCUCCGUGCUGGGCCAAGACGGGUUGGAAGGCCCGAUCACCCGGCCCUUCGGCAUCGUGGAAACGACCAUUGACGACAGCGACGCAAUCAUCAGUCGGACAGGCUAUACGGGCGAGGAUGGCGUCGAGUUGGUAGUCAGAUCAGAGCAAGGACCGCAGGUAUGGGGCCGACUUAUGGAGCUUGGGGCCGCACCCUGCGGGCUGGGCGCACGGGACGUACUCCGCUUGGAAGCUGGUCUGCGUCUGCAUGGUACAGACAUGGACGCCACCACAACUCCCUUUGAGGCUGGCCUGCAACGCUACGUGCAUAUGGACGGAGACUUCAGAGGCCGUGACGCCUUGCUGCAACAGCAGGACCGAGGAAUCACGCGGGUGCUGGCAGGGCUGAAUGUUCGGAGCCGGUCGGUGGCCCGCCACGGACACCGGGUGCUGCACCAAGCCACAGAAGUGGGUGUAGUCACAAGCGGCACCUUCUCACCGACUCUGCGCGCCAACAUUGCUAUGGCCUACGUGCCACCCGAGUUGGCGGAUGCAGGGCAACUGCUGGACGUGGACAUUCGCGGCGACUCAGUGGAGGCGGAAGUCGUGUCCCUACCCUUCUAUUCCAGGAAGCGCUCGGGCUGA